CGGCGCUUUCCUCUCCGGCACCCGGCGGGCGCCCGGGCGCGGCGCCGCCGGCACCCGAGAGGCGCGGUAGCCGGCGCGGGCAGCGGGGGCCGGGCCGCGGCGGGCGCCCGGGCGGGGUCCGCGCUGAGCCGCCUUCUCGGCCGGCUGGUCCCUGCGGCGGCUGCCCGGCGGCCCGGGCGCGCGGCCCUUCGCCAUGUACACCUUCGUGGUACGCGAUGAGAACAGCAGCGUCUACGCCGAGGUCUCCCGGCUGCUCCUCGCCACCGGCCACUGGAAGAGGCUGCGGCGAGACAACCCCAGAUUCAACCUGAUGUUGGGAGAGAGGAAUCGGCUGCCCUUCGGGAGACUGGGUCACGAGCCCGGGCUGGUACAGUUGGUGAAUUACUACAGGGGUGCUGACAAACUGUGUCGCAAAGCUUCUUUAGUGAAGCUAAUCAAGACAAGCCCUGAACUGGCUGAGUCCUGCACAUGGUUCCCUGAAUCUUAUGUGAUUUAUCCAACCAAUCUCAAGACUCCAGUUGCUCCAGCACAGAAUGGAAUUCAGCCACCAAUCAGUAACUCAAGGACAGAUGAAAGAGAAUUCUUUCUCGCUUCUUAUAACAGAAAGAAAGAGGAUGGAGAGGGCAACGUUUGGAUUGCAAAGUCAUCAGCCGGUGCCAAAGGUGAAGGCAUUCUCAUCUCCUCAGAGGCUUCAGAGCUUCUCGAUUUCAUAGACAACCAGGGCCAAGUGCACGUGAUCCAGAAAUAUCUUGAGCACCCUCUGCUGCUUGAGCCAGGUCAUCGCAAGUUUGACAUUCGAAGCUGGGUCUUGGUGGAUCAUCAGUAUAAUAUCUACCUCUAUAGAGAGGGUGUGCUUCGGACUGCCUCAGAACCAUAUCAUGUUGAUAAUUUCCAAGACAAAACCUGCCAUUUGACCAAUCACUGCAUUCAAAAAGAGUAUUCAAAGAACUACGGGAAGUAUGAAGAAGGAAAUGAAAUGUUCUUCAAGGAGUUCAAUCAGUACCUAACAAGUGCUUUGAACAUUACCCUAGAAAGUAGUAUCUUACUACAAAUCAAACAUAUAAUAAGGAACUGCCUCCUGAGCGUGGAGCCUGCCAUUAGCACCAAGCACCUCCCUUACCAGAGCUUCCAGCUCUUCGGCUUUGACUUCAUGGUCGAUGAGGAGCUGAAGGUGUGGCUCAUUGAGGUCAACGGUGCCCCUGCAUGUGCUCAGUCUGGGAGAUGCCCAGAGGAACAGAAGCUCCUGAGAACCUGCUCUCUGGAACUUCUGCUUCUCUCGGGAGAAGGCUGGUUGUAGCAUGAGCGUCAUGGAGUCAUUAAGGAGGAAGGAAGGUAAGAGAGGACCUUCUGUGGAAGGCCUUACGUGUCAGGGAAAGUCACUCGGACUUGUGCUGAGGGUUCUUCUGAAGAUCCUCUUUCAUCAUGUCAAGACCCUUUCGUGGUUCCCAUCUACAUCUUGAAGAAAUUGAGUGAUUUUUCAAAAUGUUUAAGAGAAAGUCCUGUACCUGCAAGGGAGGAUGUCAACACACCAAAGUUGUUCUUUACUUAGAAGCUAGGCCUUUGCCAUUGCCUGAUGGUUACGACAGGCAUGAUUGCAUGAUUCCAUCUUGUUCAUCAGUCUCUGCAGCCGAUAAGUGCUUAUUAGGUGCUGCCUACCUGGCCAGGCUCUGUAUGAGGCCACGGGUUCACAGUGGGGAGCAAAGAGAGACACAGGCCCUACCUUUCGUGGGGAGAGACUGUGAGCAGACAGAUACCAGGCAGAUGUCAAUUACAAGCGAGGACAAGUGCUUCAAUGGAGAACAAAGGAUGUUGAAAGGUAAUGUAACUGAGCCAAGGGCCCACGAUGGGAAGUGAUGUUGGAACUGAGAUCUGAAGGCCAAACGCAAGUUAGAUGGGCUAAGGGCAGAAUAAGGCAGGGCUCCGCACCUUCCCUCACCAAAUCAACAGUGGUGUGCCCAGUCUCACCCACUGUCCUUUCCUAUCAGGGGUUUGUCCCUCCAUGGUGCUCUAGACCUUAUCCUCCUCCCGCUCCUGUCCUCUCAUCUGGCAGUUAACAUUGUCACCUUUUUCCCUCUCUGAUGCAUAAUUCUUGUCAGCAUAUGCAGUCCCAGCAGAUUUUCCCAACUAUUCAAAAAGAUGUCCUCCCCUGAUGCCACAUCCUGUUCCAAUGAUCACGCCUUCUCCAGUUCCCUUCACAGCCAAGCUUCUGGAGAGCAGCUUCUGCACAAGCUGUCUUCUGUUCCUCUGUUCCCAUCCAUGUUCCAGUCCAUUCCAGGCUGGCUCCCAUCCUGAUUGCCUCACAGAAACUGUUCUUUGCAGGUCCCCAACCAAGUCCUUAUUGCCACCUCCAGCAGCCUCUUUCUGUCCCCACCCCCUUGGACCUGUCAGCAGCAUUCGAGGCAACUGACAGCACUCGCUGAGCUGCUCUCCUGUCGUGGCUGGACACGUGGUGCUGGGCAGGCUUGCCUGGUGAGGUGUGGGCAAGCUGGACUCCGUCUUCUUCAUCCAGUGCCUCUGGUCUUAGGCCUGGGUGUUUGUCUCCUCUCUGUGUAUGUGAUCUCAUCCAACUUCAUGAUUUUGAAAUUACCAAAUUACAUCACAGCCCAGAGAUGCAGACUAGUAUCUGCACCUGCCUUCCCUGCCAGAAUGUCUCCCGUCUGCCUCCCAGACUUACCCAUCUUGGUCGGUCACCACCCCCUGCUCCCCCCAGAGACUAAGCUCGAACCUGACAGUGAUCCUGCCUCUGCCUUCCCUUCCCCUCAAGUCCUGCCCAUCAGGGCCCUGUGGUUGUACCUCUAGCCUCCGGAGUCCUUUGCCCUCCAUUUGCACUGUCACCCCUGCAAAGGGUGUCUUCCACCAUAGUGAAGGUUUUGGCAUGGAGCCUUCUAACUGGGGUGCACUUCUGCUCUUGCCCCAGUGAAAUCCAUCCUCCCAGAGCAGCCAGUGUGUAAAGUCGACACCAGACCAUGCCAUUCUCCAGACUUGCCAUUGCAUCUGGGACACAAACCAGACUCCUCCCUCCACCUGCAAGGCCGCUGCCUUACCCACCUCUCCAGCUUCAUCCCAAGUCACCAUUUCCCUUGAUUGCUCUUAUCUGCAGUGGGCCUUUGUGCUUUCUGUUACCUGUGUGUGGAAUCCCCACCACCAUUACCACCACCACCACCAGCCUUACCAUGGCUGGCUUCUUCUUUACCAAAACAUCUUGAGGAAGCUUUCUCUGAACAGUCCUAGCUCUGAUUUUCUCUAGGCAGAGCCUUUGCAGUUUCCUUCAUUGCACUAACUGCCAUCAGAUUAACUCAUCAGAAGAAAUUGUUUGUGGGUGUGUGUCUGUGUGUGUGUGUGUGUGUGUGUGUGUGUGUAUCCGCCCCUUCUUCUUUAUUUCUACCCUGUCAUCCAUUCUCUGUCUGUCUUCUAUUCAUCCCUGGGUCUUGGCUUAGCUGCCACUGGAAAGUCUUCCCCUGUCACUGGGGAGUCUUCCUCUGUCACUGGGGAGUCUUCCCCUGUCACUGGGGAGUCUUCCUCUGUCACUGGGGAGUCUUCCCCUGUCACUGGGGAGUCUUCUCCAGUGUCCCUUCAAUUAUGCUGAGUUGGUCCUUUUCCUGGGUAGGGCCUGCCCCUCUCUGUAAUGCACGGUGGCUCUUACAUGCUCUUGAAAUGCCUGCCUUCCCUGCCAGUUGUGUGCCUUGUUCACCUGCAAGGCCUUCCGUAAGUAUUUGCUGAGGGAAUGCUUUAUCUUCGUGCAAAGCCUUCUGAAGCAUUUGUAUAUACAGUGGCAACCAGUUUUUUCUUUUCUUUAUUUUUUUGACAUUUUGUUAUUAUUAUACUUUAAGUUCUAGGGUACAUGUGCACAAUGUGCAGGUUUGUUACAUAUGUAUACAUGUGCCAUGUUGGUGUGCUGUACCCAUUAACUCAUCAUUUACAUUAGGUAUAACUCCUAAUGCUAUCCCUCCCCCCUCCCCCAACCCCACGACAGGCCCUGGUGUGUGAUGUUCCCCAUCCUACGUCCAAGUGGUCUCAUUGUUCAGUUCCCACCUAUGAGUGAGAACAUGCAGUGUUUUGUUUUCUAUCCCUGUGAUAGUUUGCUCAGAAUGAUGGUUUCCAGCUUCAUCCAUGUCCCUACAAAGGACAUGAACUCGUCCUUUCUUAUGGCUGCAUAGUAUUCCAUGGUAUAUAUGUGCCACAUUUUCUUAAUCCAGUCUAUCAUUGAUGGACAUUUGGGUUGGUUCCAAGUCUUUGCUAUUGUGAAUAGUGCUACAAUAAACAUACAUGUGCAUGUGUCUUUAUAGCAGCAUGAUUUAUAGUCCUUUGGGUAUAUACCCAGUAAUGGGAUGGCUGGGUCAAAUGGUAUUUCUAGUUCUAGAUCCUUGAGGAAUCACCACACUGUCUUCUGCAAUGGUUGAACUAGUUUACAGUCCCACCAACAGUGUAAAAGUGUUCCUAUUUCUCCACAUCUUCUCCAGCACCUGCUAUUUCCUGACUUUUUAAUGAUCACCAUUCUAACUGGUGUGAGAUGGUAUCUCAUUGUGGUUUUGAUUUGCAUUUCUCUCAUGGCCAGUGAUGAGCAUUUUUUUCAUGUGUCUGUUGGCUGCAUAAAUGUCUUCUUUUGAGAAGCGUCUGUUCAUAUCCUGUGCCCACUUUUUGAUGGGGUUGUUUGAUUUUUUCUUGUAAAUUUGUUUAAGUUCUUUGUAUAUUCUGGAUAUCAGCCCUUUGUCAGAUGGGUAGAUUGUAAAAAUUUUCUCCCAUUCUGUAGGUUGCCUGUUUGCUGAUGGUAGUUUCUUUUGCUGUGCAGAAGCUCUUUAGUUUAAUUAGAUCCCAUUUGUCAAUUUUUGCUUUUGUUGCCAUUGCUUUUGGUGUUUUAGACAUGAAGUCCUUUCCCAUGCCUAUGUCCUGAAUGGUAUUGCCUAGGUUUUCUUCUAGGGUUUUUAUGGUUUUACGUCUAACAUUUAAGUCAUUAAUGCAUCCUGAAUUAAUUUUUGUAUAAGGUGUAAGGAAGGGAUCCAGUUUCAGCUUUCUGUGUAUGGCUAGCCAGUUUUCCCAGCACCAUUUAUUAAAUAGGGAAUCCUUUCCUCAUUUCUUGUUUUUAUCAGGUUUGUCAAACAUCAGGUGGUUGUAGAUGUGUGACAUUAUUUCUGAGGGCUCUGUUCUGUUCCAUUGGUCUAUAUCUCUGUUUUGGUACCAGUACCAUGCUAUUUUGGUUACUGUAGCCUUGUAGUAUAGUUUGAAGUCAGGUAGCAUGAUGCCUCCAGCUUUGUUCUUUUGGCUUAGGAUUGUCUUGGCAAUGCGGGC